AUGCAGAGGCUGUUGUCACGCAGGAAGAAACGCAAGAAGCUGCAAAAAAAAAGCUCCACUUCUGCAGAACCCUUCACCACAUCCCGUCUCCCUCGCCCCCGCCAUUCUCUCGCCUCUGCCCCUCUCUCGUCUCUGCCCCUCUCUCGCCUCUGCCCCUCUCUCGCCUCGCCCCUGCCCCUCUCUCGCCUCGCCCCUGCCCCUCUCUCGCCUCGCCCCUGCCCCUCUCUCGCCUCUGCCCCUCUCUCGCCUCUGCCCCUCUCUCGCCUCGCCCCUGCCCCUCUCUCGCCUCGCCCCUGCCCCUCUCUCGCCUCUGCCCCUCUCUCGCCUCUGCCCCUCUCUCGCCCCUGCCCCUCUCUCGCCUCGCCCCUGCCCCUCCCUCGCCUCGCCACUCUCGCCUCGCCCCUGCCACUCUCUCUCGCCCCUGCCACUCUCUCUCGCCCCUGCCACUCUCUCUCGCCCCUGCCACUCUCUCUCGCCCCUGCCACUCUCUCGCCCCUGCCACCUCUCUCCCUGCCCCUGCCACUCUCUCUCGCCCCUGCCACUCUCUCUCGCCCCUGCCACUCUCUCUCGCCCCUGCCACUCUCUCUCGCCCCUGCCACUCUCUCUCGCCCCUGCCACUCUCUCUCGCCCCUGCCACUCUCUCUCGCCCCUGCCACUCUCUCUCGCCCCUGCCACUCUCUCUCGCCCCUGCCACUCUCUCUCGCCCCUGCCACUCUGUGUUCAGUGUCCUCUGCGGCUGUCUUUCAGUAUAUGUACAGCGCUCAGACCUUCAUCCAGGUUUGA